AUGGGACGAUGUCGAACGACGCGCAGACGGUGCGGCGAGGCGAUCGAGCGCGCGGUGGACGCGUCGAUGCGAUGGGCGGGACCGCCGAUGUUCAUCUUUGGCGUCGUUCUCGUGCUCGGGAUCGCUCGAGAGACGACGUCGGCGACGUGCGCGGAGCUGACGCGGCGGGAGCGGGUGACGGCGGCGGGUGUGUGUGAAACGUUGGUGUUGAUGUGCGCGGCGAACGCGAUGUUUAAUCACGCGAUGUGCGCGUGGACGAAACCGGGGACGCCGAGGGACGCGCGAGCGAGAAUCGCGACGGAACGCGGAUUGCGAGAGCUCGGCGUCGAUGACGCGGAGGGGGGGGGGAUGCUGCGACGAUCGAUCGAGGAAGGGCGGUAUUGUGACACGUGCGAGGUCGCGAAACCGGACAUGUGUCAUCACUGCUCGAUAUGCAAGACGUGCGUGCUGAAGAUGGAUCAUCACUGUCCGUGGGUGAUGAACUGCGUCGGGGCGAGGAAUUACAGGUACUUUUACAACUUCCUCUUCUACGCCGUGUUUGGGUGCGUCGUAGCGUCGUUCGGAGGGGCGUUGAUAUUGUUCGGGGACCCAGGCGUGCUUCCGACGUCGGAAGACACGUUUAGGCGCGUCAUUUUCGUCACCAUCAUGUCGACGGCCGUCGCGCUGUCGGUUGGAUUUCUCUUCGCCUUUCACACGUACCUCGCCUUGACGGGGAAUACGACAAUAGAUUAUUACAACUGGAAUGAUUUCAAGGCGGCGAUGAAGGCUCGCGGAAUGCAGCCGCCGGGCAGGCAUCCGUUCGAUCAAGGUGUGGUGAAAAAUUGGCAAGAGACGUUUGACGAACGCGGGAGAUUUUGGUACGUCGCGUGGGCGUUACCACGACUUCGCGCGCACUCGGGAUCGGGAGUGUACUACGAGGCGUACGGAUCGCGCAUGUUGUAG